ACAUAAACUAAUACUCAAUGCCUUAUAAAUAAAAUAAAAAAGUGAUCAAGGCAUUAAUUGCAAAAGAUAAAAUAAAGGGGAAAAAAGAUUACUUAUUAUUAAACAUUUCCAUUUCAUACUUUUUCUUCCUUUUUCCUCCAAUUUUUUUCAUUGAAAUGAAAAUUUUCUGCCUUAUAAACUUUGCUCAUAACCUUAUUUUUAAAUCAAGAAAAUGUUUUCUUUUGUAGUUUCUUAGGAUAAAUUUAUUUGAUGUUUUUACCUGAAGAAAAAAAUAAAUUUUUGAAAUAUAUAUUAUAUAUUUAAGGGAAUUUUGAAAAAUAUUAUAAAUGGAGAAUUCAUCAUUUGGAGCUGGAAUUAUGGCUGUUUUUGCAGUUUCUGGUGGUGUUGUCCUUCUUGCAUUGAAAGUUCAUAAACAUCUCCUAUCUGAUUUCAUGAAGAAGAUUGAGUUUGAAAUAAGAUUGGAGAAACACAAACAAAAGAAGAAGGUGAAAUUUUCCAAUGAAGUUGUAAAUUUAGGCCCUCAAUCAUUAGAAAAAGUUGAAGAAGAUCAUAAUCCAAAGAAGAGGCAUAAUCCAAAGGACUUUGAAUCCAUGCCUUUGAAUUGGCAAGCUCUUUACAAAGGGAUCCUCCAACAUAAGACCCUCCAACACUACAAUUAAACUCAAUUUUCUAUUUUGUAAUAUUAUAAAAAAAAAAAAUCAAAAUAUAUUUGUGGUUUUGAUAAAUUUUUGAAAUUUAUUUGUAUAAUUUUUUUUUAGCCUCUCGCAGAAAUGUAAGGUAAGGUUGCAUAUAAUACACCCUUAUGGUGGGGCCCUUCCUCGGACCUUGUGCAUAGUGGAAGCUUUAGUGCAUUAGGCUGUCUUUUUUUGUGUGUGUAAAUUUUUUACUUAAAUAAAGACAAGAGAAUCAAUGGAAAUUUCUUUUUUA